AUGUCAGAGUCCCGGCCCGCGCCGGACGCCGUGUUCCUGGAUGUUGGCCCGAUGUCGCCGCAGUCACGUCGGCUGGAUGGAUCGGCGCACGGCGCGACGACCGGCUCGGUGGCCGGGAUUUCUUCGCGAGAGGUGUUUUCCACGCCAAUCGGCGCCGCGGCCGGCCUGCCCUUUACCCCGGGAAGUUUGUUCUACACGCCGAUGGACUUUGGCCCGGCGAGGGACUCGGUAGCCCCAUCAACAAUCCAGCAAUACCACUCGCCGAGUGGCCGGCUUUCUAGUUGGUCCGGCGACAGGGUCGUCCAUGGGGAUGGCGAUGAUGAGGGUCGCCAUGCGCCGCCCUUUUCGCCGCUGUCGCAAAAAUCCUCCAGCCCCUGGUUCCAGGCCAGCCUCUCCUCUCCGGUGGCGGUGGACAUGGCGAACCGCGAGUCGAGCUUGCUCCUGCAGCUUCGACCGGUCCACAUCCAUCGGCGGGGUGCCUCGGUCCUGGCCGAUGCCGCGCCCCUGGCCCUACAUGAGUUGGAUGUGCCCGACUCGGAGGCCCCGGCGGCGGCAGCCGGCCUGUCUGGGCCGGAGCCCGACACAAGCAGGGCUCUGUCUCUAUCGGAUGGCCACGACGCCGACUGGAUGCGUGCAAAUGGUCCCCCGAAAGCCGUCGAGAGUCCGGCCAGCAGUCGCUUUCACUUGACAAAGUCUCUUUUGCUGAGUGAUUCGUCUGCCAACGUGCCGGAGCCGAUCGCCCGAGCGCGGCCCUUCCAUGAGGCUGGGGCACCUGCCAAGGCGGGGCCAUUCAACGAGACGGAUUCUCUCAAUGAACUUCGGCCUUUGAAUGCACCCGAGCCUUUGAGCCAAGUGGAGCCCUUCAGCCCGAUGGAGUCCCCGGAUCUGGCCGAGGCCAUCCCCCUGGCCGCCCCCCUUGACUCGAUCGGGUCGUUCACUCUGGGUGAGCCUCUCGGCGCGACCGACCACUCCGGCCGUGCGCCUGGCGAAGCCAAUCGGCUUUCGAUCAAGAUCCAGUCGUCCAGUCCAACGGAGCCAGCCAUCCCGGCCAGUCACUGGCAAUCGGCCGACGCAUUUUCACCGAGCACCGGGCCUGUGGCGCAUGUACCUGCCGAGACAUCUCCAACGAGCCCGACGGAUCCCUGGCGCGUGGCUGGGCAGCCGCCAUCGCCGCCCAUUCGCCCAGCAGGACGCACCAUGUCUUUAUCUCUGCACAAGGAGCAGGUGUCAGAGCUGGCUGUGGCACAUGCGCCUAUGUUUGAACCUGAGCCGGAGCCGAAGUCUGAACCUGAGCAUGAGCACAAGCAUGAGCACAAGCAUGAGCACAAGCAUGAGCACAAGCAUGAGCAUGAGCAUGAGCAUGAGCAUGAGCACGAGCACGAGCACGAGCAUGAGCACGAGCACGAGCACGAGCACGAGCACGAGCACGAGCAUGGGCAUGGGCAUGAGCAUGAGCAUGAGCCGGAGCCGGAGCCGGAGCCGGAGCCGGAGCCUGAAUCUGAGCCCUUGCCCGAGCCCUUGCCCGAGCCCUUGCCCGAGCCCUUGCCCGGGCCGGAGCCUCACUCUGAGCCCAUCCUCAGAGUUGUCCCCGCCGCACCUGCUCAAGCCGGUGCCCCGGGUCGGCCGCACUUUUCCAUCUCCGUUGGCCCGUCGGGCAGCUGUUCGAUUGAAUUGCGGUCCUUCGGCGAUCGCGAGACGUUGUCCCUCUCGCAGCAUACGGACAACUCGUCCCUCGUGGCGGCCACGCACCAGCACUUUGGCUCCUCGGUUACAAUCCACAUUCACCCGGAGGAUGGCAGGCCGCCAAUGCCCCGGUCGGCUGCCCACGGGCCGCACCUCUCCCUGGGGGCGUCUCGCGUGUCGGUUGCCGGGGCGCGUUUGACGUUGGAGAGUUCGGCUUUGGCCAGUGGCCAGGUCUCGCUGGAAAGUUCACGCUUUUCCCUGGAGCAAUCGGGCUUCGGCGGCCAGGGCGCCGUGGCAUCCAGGGCCAUCCAGCCACCGAAUCAUUCGCCGGACACCCUACCACUGGACCUGAAUGUCGCAGCCCCUGAUGCCCUGCCCUUGGCCACCUCUUUGUGGUCGAAGCCGACCGCGAGCUUGCGUCAGUCAACAUCCCUCUUUUCUCCGGGGCUUAGCCUAACCGAUAAGCAGGGCGUCCCUCGGGCAAGAGCCACCACCCCCGAGCCGGCCCCGCCCGCCAGCCGGUGGACUGGUGGAUCCCCGGCGCCGGUGCCGGCGUCUAAUCACCGGGCACCGGAUGGUGUCUCCUCGGCGUCGCGGUAUUUGCCGUCUCCUUCGCAUGCGCGCUCCAGCCGACUCUUCCUCACUUCGCCGCUGAUUGCCUCGAUGCGUGUCCAGGGCCCCGAGGCCACUGGCGAUGCGGGCCGCGUGGACCCCUUUUCCGCCGGGGCAUCCUUGUCUCGGCAAAUGGCGCCGAUUUUGAAGCUGCCAGCCGCGGGGGCGGCCGCUAUGGCGGUGUCGGCGGUCAGCCCGGCCCCAGCUCGAGCCUCCGCCUCCGUCUCGGCCUCCGGGGCUCCGGCGGCCCCGGUCGCGGCCCUGACCACGGGGAACCCUCUUCAGCGCUCGUGGUCGUGGUCCUGGCGCGAGGACCUGGAUCGGCACCGGUCCCCAGCCACUCAUGAGCGCCAACCGCCCGGUCGGUCGGCCUCCCUCCUCUCGUCGAUGGAUCUGGAUCUGGAUGAAGGGUCGCCCCUGCCGCCGGGCCCGGCGGCGUCUGCGGUCUCUGUGAGCUCGGUGGUAAUGCCCCCGCGGCCGACCACCCCCUCAGGCCAGCUGGCCCCCUCAUCGGGCCGGGGGACCAGCUUCCCGACAAUGCCCUCCCUAUCGCCGAUCAGCAUCCCCCUCUUGGGGGAGAGCAUGCUCUACUCGGACCUGAGCGGGAGUUCACGCCUCCGCGAUGACGACCUGUGCCCCUCGCCGGACACAUUCACUCGAGGGCUGGGCGGCUGGAUGGCGGACUUGCGCCAGCGCCCACCGCUGGCAUCCCCCGCCGCCGAGCCGCUUUUCAAACAGUCGCCGCAGGUGGUCCCGACGCUGGCUGACCGGUCGCUGUCGUUGGUCACUCCGGCCGCCACCACGGCCACCGCCACCACGACCCCCCUCAUGGAGUCCAUUGACGCUUCCGCCGCCGCUACCAUGGCCAGGAUUUCUGCCAGCGCUCCUGCUGCUGCUGCUGCUGCUUCUGCUACUGCCAUCGGUGCUUCUAUUGGCUCUGAGAGUGUCGACCGUGCUGGCGCCGGUGGGCCGGCGGCUGUCCCGGUCGCGCGUCGGCUCAGUGUCCUUCGCCCGGAGGACUUGGACUUGAGCAGCGGCGAAUUGGAUCUCAGUGGCGACACUCGGGAGCGGAGCCCGUCUCGGGUCGGUUCCGGGCCCGAGCCGGUGGCACGGCCGACGGCCGUGCGCUUGCCGCCCACAUCGAUCGAAAUCCUGUCGAAUUUGUCGCCAAUCGCAGGGCUGCCCACCCUGCGAGCAAAGCCGCCCGUUCCGCCGACGUUCACCGCACCCCGGCCGCUGGCUGGCCCUGUGGCCGCCGUCUCCGCGGCUCCUCCGGGCGACUCAUUCAUGUCCGAUCCUCCGGUGUCUUUGGAUGGACCACCCCGGGCAAAUGCCUCCUCGUCAGUGGCAGCGCCGGUGUCGGUGGCCACAGCGGCCUUGCCGGUGUCCGGCGCGGCUGCCAUGCCUGCUGCCGCCACAGCCGGGGCCUCGGUUGCGGCGUCCCCAUCCGCCAUCCCGGCAUCCGCCCCCCGAUCCAUGUCGCCGGAGGCAUCCGCGCCAAUGGUCGCCGCAGCCGAUGGACCCCACCCUGUGGCGCUGUUGCCCGCCGUGCCGACUUUCACAGCUCCUGCCCCUCCAAUUGAGAGCAUGUCCCUCCUCGGGCGGGCUCUCUUGCCGUCGGCCGGUCGCGGCCCGCCAUCCAUGCGGGCCACCGUCCCGACCGACCUGCUCGGCGCCAGCUUGAGCCGGCAUCUGGGGCUGGAUUUUGCGGCCGGCCUCACGGCACAUCGGUCGUCAUCGGGCUUGGGCAUCCCGGCCAGUCCUCGGUCUCGGUCUCGGUCUCGGUCUUCCGAUGAUGCGGUUGUCCCUUCGCCGAAGCGCGUGCGUCUUGACGACUCGGAUUUGCUCUUCGCCGAGAUCGAUGCCUCGGCCCCGGAGCCGGGCCCCUGGGCGGCGGGGUCCUCGCCUUCGGGCGGCACGCCCCUGCAAUCGCCCCGCUUGGAGGCCUCGGCCUCCCUGCAUGGCUCGCCGGCGCCCAUCAAGUCGGAGCCCCUCUUCCCCGCUGGUGGUGGUGUUAGCCCCCACUUGCCUCUGGGCGGGAUGCUCUUUUCGCCGGGCCUGGCGCCGGCUUCCGCCUCUCCCGAUCCAGUCAUCAAGCAAUCUCCCCAGCUGGCCGCGGCGUCCAGAUCGACCUCCCUUUCUCGGCCCUUCUUCACGCCUACCCCUCGGGAAACGCCGGCCCCGGCUGCGCGACCGAGCCCGGUCCCGCCUGCUCGAGGGACUUCGAUUUUGGCCUCGCAAAGGACGCCGGGCCCCGCUUCCCGGCCAACCCCCGCGCCAGGGCCCGGCUCGGCCCCCGAAUCCGGGCCGGCCAUCACUCCGGCCCCUCGAGCCGGCUCGGCUCGGGCCAUGCGCUCACCCCCGAUCAAGACCUCCCCGGUGGGUUACCCGCCCCGGGUGAGGUCGCCACCGGCGGUGUCGGCCUCGACUCCGGUGUCGGCGCCGGUGUCAGCCUCGGCGCCGGCCCGACGCUCUGUCCCUCCCCCGGCCACCGGGCCCGGCCCGGUGUAUGGGUACAUGCGGCUGACAUGUGCGGCUGCCUCGCGAAUGGCCGCCGCACGGGACCCCACCAGCACCGCAGCCAAGGUGGCCAGCCCCCGGCGGCCCCGGCCGCGACCUGGGCGCUCGGCCUUCGACCCCUCGGCGUCGUUGAUUUUUGGUCGUCGAGGCUCGGCCGCCGUGACGGCGGCCAGCCCGGCGGCCCGGUCGCGUCCUCCCCCGCGGCCAGUGCCCGCCUCGCCGACCGGCAUUCGUCGAAUGACCCGGGUGACCGUGCCCCAGUCGCCGCUUCUUCACACCCGCCGCCGGACCCGGACCAGCGUGCCGCCCCCGGCGAUCGAUGCGCCGGCCGUGGAGCCCUUCCGCGCGGCCCCCUUCAACCCGCUGAUCUUCUACCGGCCUGCGUCCACCGGGGUCCCCCGGGCCCGAAAGGCCGAUCUUACCCAGCCAAAGGCGUUCAACUUUCAAACUUCCAGCCGCGCUCGCCGGAGCCCGGCCCCCGCCGAGAACUCGGCCGGGGCAAGCAUGCACCGACACCCCUCUUCGGGACCUGCGAUGCCGCCGGCUGCCGGUCGGUCGGAAGCACCUGCUCCCGCGGCGGCGCGGCCGGUGGCCACCUCGGCCCGAGGGUCGGACUCCGCGCCUCACAUCCCCCGGCCGGUGGCCGGUGCAAUGCGCGCAAUUCCCUCGCCGUCGGGCGUCAGCUCCCUUGCCCCGGCCCCUUGCCUGCCGGGCCCCCCCAUGCCUCGGAGCAUCUCCCCACCAGGUGUCCCGCCGCCGGCUGCUCCUAUCCAGCCCCCGCCGGCUGCUCCUAUCCAGCCCCCGCUGGCCAACCGCCGUGUGGCCAUCCUCUCGCAGGAGCCAUCCUGGGCUCCGGCGCCGGUGCACGACAGCCAGCCCCAGCUGCAUCCACAAUGGCAGCCCCGGCGCUCGGCCUGGCAGGCGCCUCCCCCUCCGCCGCCGGUCGCCCCGCGCCGGCGGCGCUUGACCGAGCCACAGUCGCCGAUGUUGCGAACCGCGCUCCGGAGCCGAAUGCGUCAGAGGCGCUGA